AUAUAUUUUGACAAACAAAACACACGUAAGAAUCAUUAGUAUCUUUUUGUAACAUUCUUUGAAUUUCACCAAAGGAAGGAAGAAAGAAAAAAAAAAAUGCAGUCGAUGAAGGAAACAGCUUCGAACAUUGCAGCUUCUGCAAAGUCUGGCAUGGACAAGACUAAAGCUACCUUGGAGGAAAAGGCGGAGAAGAUGAAGACACAAGACCCUGUUGAGAAACAGAUGGCCACACAGAGGAAAGAAGGAAAGAUCAAUCAAGCUGAGAUGCAGAAGAGAGAAGUGUAUGAGCACAACGCCGCCAUGAAAGAAGCCGCUGGAGCUGGAACCGGAACCGGUUUGGGUUUGGGUUCGGCCACUCACGCGACCACUGGACACCUUGGACACGGCACUGGGACCCACCAGAUGUCGGCUUUGCCUGGUCACGGCACCGGACAACCAACCGGCCACGUUGUGGAGGGUACGGCCGUGUCCCAUCCGAUCGGAAGAAACACUGGAACUGGUCGGACCACCGCUCAUAACACCCAUGUCGGUGGUGGUGGGACCACUGGGUACGGAACCGGUGGAGGAUACACUGGAUAAGGCGUGUUUCUUAUUUGCUCUGUUUUUGUCAAUUCCAAGUUUGUUGCUUUUGUGUAUUUAUGUUGUAUUUUCGGGUCCUAUCUUUGUUUAUUUUUUACUAAGUAACUGUAGCCGGUAGGACUUUCGCUUUCGUUAGUUUGGCUUUUCUUUUCUUUUCUUUGUUGCCUGUGACAGUUUGGCUCUCUGAGUACGUAAUUUGUUUUGUGUUAUCAUCCUAUUUAUAAAAGUUGAAACUCAGGUCGAAAAUAAAAGAGUUGAUAAUGAUACACCUAUU